CUGAGUCCUGUCAAUUUUAAACCAAAGUCACCACAGCAAAGUCACAAUUCACAAACUUUUGUAAAUUUAAAAGUUUAACGUGUCUUAGUUUUUCAUGAUAAAAUUAAUAAAAAAUAGCAAACAUGUCUAAAAGUCAGGUAUUGUACGUUAAAGGAAUGAAUUUGUCAGAAUCAGAAGAAGAAGAAGAAUAUGUGUGGGACGAUCGCAAGCUUAACGAUGCAUAUGAUAAAGCUAUAAUAAUAGCCAAUGCAGAGGUAGCUAAGCGGGUUGCAAUGUCCACAAACACACAGUCAAAUAGUGAUCCUGUGAAACAAAGUAUUUCAAAAAAUAAAUCAACAAAGCCUCAACCACAAAAACCUAGGCCAUCUAAAACCAAUUGGAAAGCAGGGAUGCCUUGCAGAGCUGUGUUUGAAGAAGAUGGUUUAGAAUAUGAAGCUAUUAUACUAUCCAUUGUUAAUGAUAAAGAAUGUAUUGUACAGUUUUUAGGCUACAACAAUUUACAAAAGGUCCUCUUAAACACAUUAAACCCAUCACUAGACAGGCAUGCACAAACAUUACAAGUAGAGAAAGCAUUGCUGGACAGAGCUGACGAUGGCUUCGAGAGUCAGUCACCGAAUAUUGAGGAUAUGGAGUAUAACGAUAGAGCAGCCAGUCCGCAGAGUACAAAUACAUUUUGCCAAAAUAAGAAAAAAUCUGGUAAAAAGAAGAAUAAGCAAAAGCCUGCAAAUAAAUUCGACUUACCAGACAUACCAAUGCUAAAUAUGUCUAUGCUGAAAAAUUUAAACUCAAUGGACAUGCCGCUUCCCCCACCCCCUCCAUUACACCUGUCUCAUGGUGACGUAGACUCUGAGGAACAAGCGGUGUCCUCCAUGUUGCUCAGCUGGUACAUGAGCGGCUACUACACCGGCCUGUACCAGGGCAUGAAGCGGGCCAGGGAAAGCAGAGGUGAUAAAUAAUAGACAUUUUUUAAAAAUCACUUUUAUUAAGUGUCUUAACUAACAUUAAAAAACCUGUUAAAUAAAUUAAUUAUGCCUCCAGAUUUGUGUUUUAUAACUAUGUACAAAUAUACAGUAUGGAUACAAAA